GUGACAAUUUCUUUUUCUACGCUUUCCCCUGUUUACAGUGAAUUGUUGACAAACAAAGAACAGCUGAGUUCAAUUGACAUUUCAUCAUUUUACAACACUUUUUACAAAAUUUCUUGUGUAUAUUAACUUCAUUUCAGGUCGAUUGCAAUCAUCCUAGUGAGCCCAAUAAUUAAAAAAAAAUGAGCGGUAGUGACAAAAAUAAAGCCACAGAACCCAAGGACACUGGAUCCUUGCCAAGGAUCAGGACUCAAAGUGAAAGUUCUUUUACCAGUGAUGAUGGGGCCAAUGGAUUUGCGGGAAAAAUUCAAAGAACAAACUCUGCACAGUUUGUGGUUGCAAGCGGUUUUCCAUCAGCUUCGCCACCAAAAUUUGUCUCAUUGGAAGAGAUAAUGCAAGCGGCAAACAGUAUGAGAGAUAUGGCAUUAGUCCACCAAAUUGUGGUUGAUGAUGACUUUAGAUUGCAAAAACCUGACCCUGCACCUAACACUGUUCAAAAGGUUAUUAAGGACACUAUGCAAAAAGCUUUUUGGGAUGUUUUAAGAGAGGAAUUGGCUGAAGAUCCCCCAAACUAUAUGCAGGCUUUGGUUCUUCUUGAGGAUGUUAAACAAGGUUUAUAUUCACUUCUUUUACCACAACACACAAAAACUAGGCAACAAAUUACCGAAGUUUUGGAUUCAGAGUUAAUAAAACAACAAGCUGAAAAGGAAGUCAUUGAUUUUCGCAUGUAUGCUCAGUUUGUCAUUGGUAUAAUGAGCAAACUUUGUGCUCCGGUACGAGACGACAAAAUUAAAGAAUUGACUGAAAUGACCGAUGUUGUCGAUACGUUUAGAGGGAUUUUGGAGACGUUGGAUUUAAUGAUAUUAGACAUGGCCAAUUUUACCAUACAAGUAGCGAAGCCGGAUAUAAUCGCUUGUAGUGUGGAUUGGGAAAGAAAAAAAUUUGCAGAUUUUUUAGCAAUUCAGACAGAUGGUUUGGAACAAACCCGAAAAUGGCUGUUAAAAUAUGUUGACUUGAAUCAAGAAGUUCCUAAAGAUCCAGAAUACGAAAACUUUAUUAAACACGCUUAUAAAAAUGCUUUUUGGAAAGCUUGUACUGAUUUAAUUGACUGGGAUGAAAGUAUGCCUUUUCCAGAAACUUUUAUGUUGGAUCAAGAACGCCUUAAAGACUUGCAGACCAAAACCGAACGGCUUGUCAUAAUUGCCACUGUAUUGUUGGUAACUUUAAGCAACACAGGCUCAGACCUGCACACAAUUGCAAAGUUUAAAAACUCCCUGAAGGAACACAUUUCUAUUUUACUUCAAGCUUACCAGAAUAAAAACGAUUUAAAUGAGCUUCUAAAAAACGUGGCUGAGCAAGUGGUUAAUGAAGUUAAAAAAGCUAUAGUAGUUUAUAAACUACCUGAAAUGGGUGCUGCUACUGAAAGUUUACUAAAACAACAAAUUCAAGAUGUUGAAAGUUCUGAAAAUAAAGUUAAAGCAAUAGUCAAACAAAGAGUUAAAGAGUUUUACCUGGACAUAAUGGAAUCAUCGACAGCAAAUCCUCAAAAAGUGCCCGCAGGUCUCACUGCAUUACAAAAACCUCUUGUUGGAGUGGCUGGUCAACUUCUACGGAUCGUGUCACACAAUGAAACCGUUUUCUGCAUUUACUACCACAAAAUUGUAUCAGAGGCACUGCCCAAGCCGGUCUAGGUCAGUCACUCGCUACCAAUAAAUAUAAAUUUGCUUUUAUUUACGUUUAGAUCAAUUUUGUAUCAUAUGUGUAUCAGGGUUUGUGUUAGUUUCUAAUGUAUGUAUAAAAUAACUUGGGUAUUAGAUGUAGCUAGGCUAUGUCUAUAUUCAAGAAAAUUAUGAUUAAAUUAUAUUUUUAACGAA